CUUGCGACGACAGGAAACCUUGUUGCUGGUUUACUGGUUUACGGCAAGCAUGUGUAUGGUGGAAAGCUUGUUGUGUUAUCCGUGAAGCAAACUGCUCUAUUGUACACUCUGAUUUUACUUCGUAAACUUAAGAAAAACAUUCUAACGUUUAGGUUUUUAACCCGGAGACAUGGAUGUUGGAGAGCUCCUAAAUUAUCAGCCUGAUAGAGGAGCAAAGCGUCCCAAGGAGGAGGAUAAAGGGGCAGCGGGCGGAGAUGAGGACUCCAGAGGAGGGAAGCAGCAGAAAGGGCUAAGUGCCAGGGAGUUGGCCAGAUACCGGGAAGCAGGAUUAGGACUGGAAGUAGGGGGUGACAUGAGAGAGUCGGAGGAUCUUGUGUUGGACAAGAAGAAGAUCCUGGAGAAACUGAUGGACCAGGAUGAAGAAGAACCUGAGGCGGAGCCGGUGGAUGAGAGUUCAGUGAAGAAAAUGAUCCUGACCUUUGAGAAAAGGUCGUACAAAAAUCAGGAACUAAGGAUUAAGUUUCCGGACAACCCAGAGAAGUUCAUGGAGUCGGAGCUGGAUCUGAAUGACAUCAUCCAGGAAAUGCACGUGAUCGCCACAAUGCCAGACCUCUACCACCUGCUGGUGGAGCUUAAUUCCGUCCACUCACUGCUGGGCCUUCUCAGUCAUGAAAACACAGAUGUUGCCAUAGCAGUGGUGGACCUACUGCAGGAGCUGACAGAUAUCGACACGCUCCAAGAGAGCGAGGAGGGAGCUGAGGUACUCAUAGAUGCUCUGUUGGAGGGUCAGGUGGUGGCCUUGCUGGUGCAGAAUAUGGAGCGGCUGGAUGAACAGGUGAAGGAGGAGGCUGAUGGCAUCUAUAACACACUGGCUAUCGUAGAAAACAUGGCAGAGUUCCGACCAGGCCUGUGCACAGAGGCAGCUCAGCAGGGACUCAUGCAGUGGCUGCUCAAGAGAAUCAAGACAAAGAUGCCGUUUGAUGCUAACAAGCUGUACUGCAGUGAAAUCCUGGCCAUCUUGCUACAAAACAAUGACAAUACCAGAGAAUUAUUGGGAGAGAUGGAUGGCAUUGAUGUGUUACUGCAGCAACUAUCUGUGUUCAAACGUCACAACCCGUCCACAGCCGAGGAGCAGGAGAUGAUGGAGAACCUCUUUGAUGCUCUGUGUUCCUGCCUCAUGCUGGCAGCCAAUCGGGACCGCUUCCUCAGAGGGGAAGGGCUUCAGCUAAUGAAUCUCAUGCUUAGAGAAAAGAAAAUGUCUCGAACCAGUGCCAUGAAGGUCCUGGACCAUGCGAUGAUUGGACCAGAGGGAGCAGAUAACUGUCACAAGUUUGUAGACAUCCUUGGCUUGCGGACCAUCUUUCCACUUUUCAUGAAAACCCCAAAGAAGAUGAAGAAAACUGGUGCUUCAGAGAAGGAGCAUGAAGAACACGUCUGCUCCAUCAUAGCCUCCAUGCUGAGAAAUCUCAAGUCCCAACAAAGAAGCAGACUCCUCAACAAGUUCACAGAGAAUGACUGUGAGAAGGUUGAUCGACUGAUGGAGAUGCAUUUUAAGUAUCUGGAGGCUGUUCAGCAGGCGGACAAGAGGAUUGAAGGAGAGAAACACGAGAUGGUUCGUCGGGGAGAGAUCCUAGAUGACGGCAUCGAGGAUGAGUUCUACCUUCGCCGCCUGGACGCUGGACUAUUUGUCCUUCAGUUGAUCUGCUAUAUUAUGGUGGAGAUCAGCAACUCAGGGAUAUCACAGUUGCAGCAGAGGGUCCAUCAAAUUCUCAACCUGAGAGGAGGCUCUGUCAAAGUAGUGCGACACACCAUGAGAGAGUACGCUGAGAGCAUCGGAGAUGGGAAGAGCGAGGAGUUCAAAGAAGCUGAGCGGAAGAGGAUCAUGGACCUUGUAGACAACUUCUAAUUUCUUAUUUUUGUCGUGCUCUCUCUCACACACACACACACACACACACACACACAUGUCUGAUCUGGGACUGAUGGUGACCUUGAGCCAGUCUGUGUAACACAAUAAAGCCACUGGGUAUGUUUGCAUGCACACAAUUACUACUCUGCUUAAAGUAAGGUUUAUUUUCUUGCUUUAGAAAUUUAU